AUGCCGACAGGGGUGGGGCUGACACGAUGGAUGUUGGAAGAUGUUGCCAAAAACCACUUGGACUCAGACAAGGUCGAGUUAAUAUUAGAGCAGGCAACGCAAUGUGAGCUCAUGGUGGUUUUCACUGCAAAACGGGAGCUCCAUAUUCCAUAUGCCUUGUUUGAUGGACGACCCAAUUCCUAUCAGUUUGUCCAUGGGGGCCGUGUUGAGGCAACUUCCGAAGAUCCCAUAAAGUUUCUCCAUCAGGAAUUCCGCCAAUUGAUUAAGCCUAGAAUCCCGCUGGGGACUGAUGAUGUAUACAGCACUCCUCUUUGA